GCAAGCCUUGGCAUUGACUGCCGCCUGUCGGUCAACCAUCAUGCCUCCACACGUCUUCCGCCCUAUCUAGCCACCUGCUCAGCCUUUCCGCCUUCCCCAACGCUAUGAAUCCCGUCCCAUCCUCUAUUCCUUGAGCACCAUGUUUUGUUUAAUGAACCCUCCUAUUGAAAAUUCAAUUGUUCACACAGGACAAGGCCGCUGGCUACUGGGCUCUUCAGUAGUUUGUGAGACUGCAAUACAGGUGCCCAAGGACGCGUUAAAGAGCUGGAAAGACGACAAUGGAGUUAUUCAUUGCCUGCGAGAGGUCUUUGGAGAUGAGGACGCUUCCAUCGCAUCAAGAACAUGUGGGAGCUCCGAGAGCGGUCGUAUUCAUCACGCAGGCACCUCUGCAGCGGUUUGGAGCCUCGGAGGUGCUUUCAUCAAAGUCAAAGCAUGGCGACACGGCAUGCAACUCGAGAGCGACACCAUUCGCUAUGUCAAUCGCGUCUCUUCCGUCCCUACACCCGAAGUUGUCUACUCCUGGGUAGAUACUGACUGGAACCGCUCAUUUCUUGUCCUCAAGCCCUUGAAAGGACGGACACUACUUCAAGCAUGGGAAACACUAUCUAUUGAUCGACGUAUGGAACUUGCAAGCACGGUUGCACGAUUCUGCAAGACCCUGGCUCUCUCAACUUCGAAAAUGCUAGAGACAGCCAAUGGAAAGGGCAUCAUUGAACCAUUUCUAACCGCCCAGCCUCCAAACUCAGAGCCUUCGUGGAAACCGCAGUUUUUGGGUCCAUAUUCCACAUAUCAACUCCAGUCUUACCUCUCGGAUCCUUCAGUCACCGGGGACACAGAGUUAUUCUACUUCUAUCACGCUGACCUUGGACCGACAAAUAUCAUAGUAACAGAGGAUGGAAGUAUUGUUGGGAUUGUUGAUUGGGAGUCUGCUGCGUUCUACCCUAUGUUUUGGCUAGGUACAAAGCCACUUGUCUCUGCGGGCUUCUUUCUACAUAGUGGUGCAGAGAGACGGGCGUGGGCAAUUCUUUUGGCAAGUUCGCUCGAGGAAGAAGGGUUUGCAUCGGAUAUGGUACGAUAUUUGGCAUGGAAAAAGGCGGUCAAUAACCGUCUCGAUUGACGGCUACGUUCUUUGUCUAUAACCCCUUCUUCCAAGCGGGGCGCAUUCAAACCUGAAGUACCAAAUAUUAGUGACGCCCAUGUCCCAAACUCCAAACUCGUGGCGCUCACGAUUUUUGGGUUAUUGAGUACCCC